AUGGAAGGUGUGUUGGACUUUGACACGAUCGACGUGGAACUAGAUGAAGACCUUCUAAAGAAACAGAGUAGGAGAUGUAGAGAUGAGUUCUUGAACUCACUGUCUCUUGACGAUGAAGAUGAAGACUUCAUUAUCCCAUUAUUCGAGAAUGUUGAAGAUGAUGAAGCACCCGUGGAAGAAGAACCUUUGGAUGACGAACAGGAGGAGGAAGAAAAUGUAGAUGAAGUUGUGGAUGAAGAGGAAAAUGAUAGUGAAGCUCAGUUUAAAUAUUCCACACAUGAUCCAAAUGUGAAAUGGAAUAGAAUGAAACCUCAAGAGGGAGAAAGGUAUGAAUCUCCACAGCAACUUAAACUCUGUUUAACAAAUCAUGCCAUAUCUAAAGCCUCUUGGAUGAGCACUGAAAAGUCAUUCCAAAUAAAGAAAAUGUAUCCACAUCAUACAUGUGUCAAGAAUUUUAACAAUGGAAAACUUAUGGGACCAACAUGGUUAGCUAGACAAUUCCUUAAAGAACUUAUUAGGACACCUAAUUUGAAAGCUAAGGAAAUCCAAGAAAAAGUUCAACACAAAUUUCACACUAAGAUUUCAUGGGUAAGGAGUUAUAGGGCUAGAUGUAGGGCAAUGUCCAUGAUUGAGGGAAAAUUAGGUGAUCACUAUGCAAGGGUGUGGGAUUAUGGUGGUGAAUUGCUAAGAUCCAAUCCAGACAGCACCAUUAAAAUUUGUGUCGAAGACAACAAUGAUGGUACAACUAUUUUCAAAAGGAUGUACAUAUGUUUCAAAUCAAUCAAAGAAGGGUGGAAGAUGGGUUGUAGAAGGGUAGUAGGGAUCGAUGGAUCUUUUCUGAAAGGGCAGUGUAAGGGACAAUUAUUAACAGCCAUAGGUAGGGACCCAAACAAUCACGUUUUUCCCAUAGCUUGGGCUGUAGUUGAAAUUGAGAAUAAGUUUAACUGGAAGUGGUUCCUUCAGUUGUUAGAGGUUGACCUUGGAAUGGAUGCAGGAAGGGGCAUGUGUGUAAUUUCAGACCAACAUAAGGGUCUUCUUGAGGCAACAAAGGAGGUGUUACCAUAUGUUGAGCAUAGACAGUGUGCACGACAUAUCUAUGCCAACUUCAGAAAAGUAUAUAGUGGAAUUCAGUUAAGGAACCUAUUCUGGAAGGCUGCCAAAUCAACUGUAGAGGGUGAAUUCAAGAAUCACAUGGAUGAGAUAAGACAGAUUAGCCCAGGUGCUUAUGAACAUCUAAUGGCAAGGGAGCCAAAUACAUGGUGCAGGGCUUUCUUUUCCACUGGAUUGGCCUGUGAGGCUGUAGAAAAUGGUAUGGCAGAAUGCUUCAAUGCAGUUAUACUUGAUGCUAGGAAGAAGCCACUACUGACCAUGCUUGAAGAGAUAAGGCUAUAUAUGAUGGAUAGGUUUUACAACCUCAGGGAGUUAGCUGAAAAAUGGGAAGGAGAUGUGUGUCCAUCUGCAAUUAAGAAAAUGGAAGAAUUUGGUGAGGACUUGAAGUUUUGGAGGGUACACCCUAGUGGACAAAAUGAAUUUGAAGUUAGAAAUGGUCUUGAAUCAUAUGGAGUCAACAUAGAGAAAAGGAGUUGUGCAUGUAGACUUUGGGAUGUAUCAGGGAUACCAUGUGUCCAUGCCCAAGCAUCUAUCAUGUUAACUCAUCAGGAUCCAAAGACAUUUAUCAGCAAGUGGUUUGGUAAGGCAAUGUACAUUUCAAGUUAUAGUUAUAACAUUCUACCUGUUAAUGGCAGCAAUUUAUGGACAGAAGCUCCUUAUAUUAAGCCCUUACCCCCCUUAGAGAGGAGGAUGCCAGGCAGGCCUACUGUGAAAAGGAAAAGGCAUGUAUCAGAGAGGGAUGACAAGUUCUCUCAAGUGUCCUCAAAGGGCAGAACUGUCCAAUGUCAAAACUGUCAACAAAAGGGGCACAACAAGAAAACCUGUAAAAAUCCACAUGUUGAACCAGAUCCUAAACCCAAUAAGAAAAUAGGCAGGCCAAGAUUGGACCCUAGUCUAACCCAAUGGACAAGACGUGGUAGAGGGGGGACAAGGGGAAAUAGAGGAGGUGGUAGGGUACCUAGAGGUGGGGGUGGCUUUCAUAGCUGGUUUGAAAGAGGUGAAACCUCAAAUACAGUACCACCCCAAAAAAGGGUCAAUGAAGAAUAUAAUUCUGAAGAGAUGGUGGAUGUAGAUGUGAUGAGUGAUGGAGAUGGGCUGGAUAUGGCAGAUAUGGACUACAUUACACAACAAAUUACAGAGUUGAGGAAAUCAGGUUACACUGAUGUAGACAUUAUGAGAUGCCUUGGAAUUACAAAAGCUCAUUUAGAAGAGUUUGGAUAUGUGGCUGCCAAUGUUGAAGGUGGACUAGAAGGAGAUGGACAGGGUAAUGAAGAAGAAGGAGGACAUGGACAAGGAGAUGGAGUGGAAGGAGGUGGAGAUGGACAAGAAGGAGAAGGAGAUGGAGAAAAAGAAGAUGGAGAAGGAGAUGAAGGAGAUGGACAAGAAGAAGAUGAAGAAGGUGUUCCAGUGAAUGAUCCAGUACAACAAGGGCAUUUUGGGAAUAAUAUGAAACAAAGAACAAGGAGACCCUCAGAGAGGAUCAUUCUUCAGAAGCUGAAAAAGAAGGUGGUUGACCCUCUUGGUAUAGGAAUGUGUGAAGAUAAGGCAUUAGUUAUAGAUUAGUGAUAGGGGUUAUCAUCUUUUGGUUCAUAUUUUGUAAAAGGUGGUACUAUGUAAACUGAUGCAUACCAUCUUUUGGUUCAUAUUUUGCAUACCACUUUGUGGUUCAUAUUUUGUAAAUGGUGGUACAUAUCCACUUAUAUUGGUUCAUAUUUUGUAAACAAUUACUGGUAAUUAAGCAAGGGCAUUAACCAAUGGUCACAAUUGAUCAAUGUCAUAUUUUAUUUCAAGUUUGGUUGUGCAGGUUAGCCUUGGUUAUUGACAGUUUUAUUAUUCAUAUGUGGUUCAUAGUUGUGGUACUUUGAUUUCACCAUAAUUCAAUACAACAUAAGUAAAAUGUUCA